UUUACAUUUCAGAAAAUGUUCACUUUCGUCAGCUUAGCCAUACUGAUUUUGGUAACGUUAAAUCUUGGUGAUUGCUUUAUAAUUAAUCAAAGGAUAGGUCCAAUUGUUAAUACAACCUGUGGUCAAGUUGAAGGUCUUUCGCAAAAUGGUGCACAUGGAUUUCGGGGAAUUCCUUACGCCUUGCCGCCCAUUGGGAGACUGAGAUGGCAACCGCCGAAGAAAUUGAACAUGGCCGAUGGAACGUGUUGGAAUGGAACAUUUUCCGCAAUGCGAUUCGGAAAUAUUUGCUACCAAUAUCAAAACUCAACAGCAUUCUAUGGAAGUGAGGACUGUCUUUAUUUAAAUGUGUUUACACCGACACUUAACAAAACAGCCAAGUUACCGGUAAUGGUUUGGGUUCAUGGUGGCCAGUUAGCUUAUUUAUCCGGGAAUGAGUUAACGUACUAUGCAGAUGAAACGAUGGCUGGAGAAACAAAUGUUGUAUACGUUAACUUUAAUUAUAGAUUACACACCUUUGGUUUUAUGGCACUGCAGAUACUGGCGGAUGUUUCUCCAACUAACACGUCCGGAAACUAUGGUUUUAUGGAUACAUUACUUGUUCUCCAGUGGGUACAAGAUAACAUUCAGAAUUUCGGAGGGGAUCCUUCGCAGGUCACAUUGUAUGGUCAUGAAGCAGGUGGAACUCGGGUGUUUGGUUUAAUGGCCUCUCCAUUAGCAAAUGGAUUGUUUCACAAAGGUUGGAUAUCUAGUACCCCUCCUCGGUAUGAUAAACUUGCGAUAGACGCAUACAAAGACAAUCUUGUUUACCUGAACAACACUAAAUGUUCUACUGUUGACUGCCUGCUUGCUCUGACAUCACAAGAAGCGACAGAAGCUGUGCCGUGGUCUGAUUUUCCAAAUUGGGAUAUGUCUGACCAGUUUGACAUUCCGAAGAAAACUACCAGAUUUGACGGUUCUUUGGCUAUAGCUGAUGGGUAUGUACUCAAUCACCCUCCAUUUGAAGCAUGGGCACGUGGUAUCAAAAUGGAUAUCCCCCUCCUAAUAGGUAGCGCUGCCCAAGAACUGGACUUUAGCCAACCACCUCCUGAUAUGGGUACAUGGGAUAAACCGAACUAUGAACGCUACAUUCACAUACAACUAGACACAUUUAGCACGUACAUUGCGGACAUGGCUCUCAAAAUGUAUCCUGUAACUGGAAACCUAACUGCUCGUUAUCAAUGGGCAAGCAUGGCUAGUGAUAUUCGAUUUAACUGUGGAAACAACCGUUUGGCUUUAAUGGCAGCAAAGACCUUUAGAUCACCAGUCUAUCGGUAUAUUAAUUCCAAUAAUCCGUCAAAACCGUUCUUUGGAUCCAUCUACCCCUUUACUUAUCAUGACAUGUAUGCAUUUUUUGGUCACUUGGAAUGGGGUUUGCACACGCUCGGUGAUUCGGACAAAAAGUUUGAAAGGAGUAUGAAAGAUGAGGUCAUAUCUUUUGUGCGUCAUGGUCAUCCUAACACAACGUCAUGGACAACAUUUCCAGGCUCCACUGGUCUCAUCUCCGACACAGUUACAACUAUCCCAGAAUAUCAUGGAGAGGAAUGCGAGUUUCUCUUUGCCAAUGGUUUUUAUCCGUAUUCAUGGCGACAGUAGAUAAUAUACUUGUUAUUUUUGUAUUAUUUAGAUCAAUAGACCUUUGAGAGAAAACAUUGUUACUUUCUAUAUAAAUUUGUUCAUGAUA